UCCUUUUUAAAGGCCUACUGAAACCCACCACGCAGUCUGAUAGUUUAUAUAUCAAUGAUGUAAAAUAUUAACAUUGCAACACAUGCCAAUACGGCCUUUUUAGUGUACUAAAUUGCAAUUUUAAAUUUCCCGGGACUUUUUUCUUGAAAACGUCGGGUAAUGAUGACGUGUACACGCGAACUGUUGUGAAUAUGAGAGCUGCGCACACACACAGCUAAAAGUCAUCCGCUUUAACGGCAUAACUACACAGUAUUUUGGAGAUCUGUGUUGCUGAAUAUUUUGCAAUUUGUUCAAUUAAUAUUGGAGAAGUCAAAGUAGAACAAUGGAGUUGGGAAGCUUUAGCCACACAAACACACGGUGAUUCCUUGUUUAAAAUUCCUGGAGGUGAAGCUUUCCUACGGAUCACAGCGGUCAAGCGAACAUGGAUCCCGACCAAAUGUCAACCAGCAGUUUUCGCUGCCGUCGACUUCCAUCAGACACCGGCCUCAAGACACCCAUGGGCACACCCCUCCGGCUAUCAGACGGAAACAUGUCUCCAAAGAUCACAGGAGAGCUGCUCAGGCAGCUCCGCCAGGUGAUGAAGAACUGUAAAUACUUCUCUGAACCUCUCCAGGCGUACAUUGUUCCCUCCGGUGAUGCACACCAGAGUGAAUACAUUGCACCAUGUGACUGCAGACGGGAAUUUAUGUGUGGAUUCAACGGCUCAGCAGGUACGGCCAUUGUGACGGAACAGUAUGCUGCCAUGUGGACCGAUGGCCGUUACUUCCUUCAAGCCAGCCAGCAGAUGGAUAACAACUGGACUUUAAUGAAAAUGGGGCUGAAGGAAACACCCUCUCAGGAGGACUGGCUGAUUAGUGUCCUGCCAGAGAACUCCAAAGUGGGAGUCGACCCGUGGAUCAUUGCUGCAGACCACUGGAAAACCAUGUCCAAGGCGUUGACCAGUGCGGGACACUCUCUGGUAGCUGUGCAGGACAACCUCAUCGAUGCGGUGUGGACUGACCGCCCUCAAAGACCCAGCACACAUCUCCGUACUUUGGGAUUGGACUACACGGGUAUGUCGUGGCAGGAUAAGAUCGCAGCUCUGCGAGCCAAGAUGACUGAAAGGAAAAUUACCUGGUUCGUUGCUACAGCGCUGGACGAGAUAGCAUGGCUGUUCAACCUCCGUGGUGCAGAUAUUGAGUACAACCCUGUCUUUUUCGUGUAUACGAUUGUGGGGAUCAACACAGUAAGGCUUUUUGUAGACCAGAAGCGUCUGGCCGAUAUGUCGCUGAGAGAGCAUCUCCAGCUGGAUUCGCCCAGCAAGCCUGAGCUCCACAUCAGGACGUUCCCGUAUGAAUCGGUGUACACAGAGCUACAGGCCGUCUGCGCCGCCCUUGGCCUCAAGGACAAAGUGUGGAUCUGUGACAAGGCCAGUUGUGCUCUCACGCAAGUCAUCCCCAAGGCUAACAGGUCUCCUAUUCCCUACACACCCCUCUGCCUCGCCAAGGCGGUGAAGAAUGCGACUGAGAUUGAAUGCAUGAAAACUGCUCAUAUCAAGGAUGCAGUCGCUCUUUGUGAACUCUUCGCUUGGUUGGAAAAAGAGAUUCCAAAGGGCACGGUGACAGAAAUCUCUGCUGCAGACAAGGCUGAAGAACUACGCAGCCAGCAGAAACAUUUUGUGGGCCUCAGUUUCCCCACAAUCUCCAGUGUUGGUCCCAAUGCUGCAAUCAUACAUUACAGACCUUUACCUGAGACCAACAGAACGCUCACCGUCAAUGAAGUGUAUCUGAUCGACUCUGGAGCUCAGUACAUUGACGGUACAACAGAUGUCACCCGAACCGUGCACUUUGGGACGCCGUCUGCAUAUGAAAAGGAAUGCUUUACGUAUGUACUAAAGGGACACAUUGCUGUCAGUGCCGCAGUCUUUCCCAAUGGAACCAAAGGCCACCUGCUUGACUCGUUUGCGCGAGCUGCCCUGUGGGAGUCGGGCCUGGACUACCUUCACGGUACAGGUCACGGCGUGGGCUGCUUCCUCAACGUCCACGAGGGACCCUGUGGCAUUAGCUACAAGACCUUCGCUGAUGAACCUCUGGAGGCGGGCAUGAUCGUCAGCGAUGAACCGGGCUAUUAUGAAGAUGGAGCUUUUGGCAUCAGGCUUGAAAAUGUGGUUCUUGUUGUCCCAACUAAGCCCAAAUACAAUUACAGAAACCGUGGCAGCUUGACAUUUGAGCCCUUGACUCUGGUUCCCAUCCAAGUCAAGAUGAUGAACACAGAGCUGCUCACACAGAAGGAGUGUGACUGGGUGAACCACUACCACAGGACUUGUCGGGAGGUGGUCGGAGCGGAACUGCAGCGUCAGGGCAGGAAGGAGGCGCUGGAGUGGCUCAUCAGAGAAACCCAACCCAUCAUGUGAGCAAAAAAACAUUGGCCAGGACUAUUGUGCCAACUGGUGCUGUGCAGUCAUCUUUGUUUGUAUUAAUAUAAUUACAGUACAAUGUCUCUCCUUCCUCCGUGGCUCUUCUUUUAUAAACAUGCAUUGUAUUAAGACUUUUAUUAAAGACCAGUGAAAACAA